GUCUCUCGACAGAAUGUCCUGUGCCAGUGUGUACUUUGGAGCGUAGGAUCGGGUUAUCUGUCAGAUCACUGUGGAAUAAUAAGGGACUGAAUUUGGUUUGACAUGGCUUCAUUUAUUCUUGUUCUUUUCCCAUAUAUUUGGCUGCAGGCCUUCGCAGCCCCAAGUUCAGUGUUUCUAGAUGGAGAGAAAGCUGACAGCAUUUUGAGACGCAGACGAGCAAACACAGGACUGUUCGAGGAGUUUCUGCAGGGGAAUGUGGAGAGGGAGUGUAUGGAGGAAAAGUGUGUCCUGGAGGAGGCCCGAGAAGCCUUUGAAAAUGACGAAAAGACAAUGGAGUUUUGGGCGAGUUAUACUGAUGGGGACCAGUGUAAAUCAUCACCCUGUCAGAACCGAGGCACGUGUGAGGACCAGAUGGGCACAUACACCUGUAACUGUCUACCAGGCUUUGUUGGAAAAAACUGCGAAAUAGUGACUGCCAAAAAGUGUGAUGUUGAUAAUGGUGGCUGUGAGCAUUUCUGUGUUCUGCUGGAGUCUCGUGGGACAGAGUGUCGGUGUGCAUCCGGAUACAAGCUCACAGACGACGGAUUCACGUGUGAGCCUAUAGUGAAGUUCCCAUGUGGCAGAGCUAUUAAAACAGCUGUGAGAAUAAUUGCCAGUGGCCCCACUUCUGUAACGAACACAUCUGCACAGUCUUCCAAUCGUACAAUCAAAUCAACCUCCAGCAUACUCAAAACAGACAAUCGGACAAUCCCAACAGGUUCUAAACAGAAAGAAGCGAAAAUCUCGUCACCUCGUGUUAAACUGCCUGAAUGGACAUUUGCUGAGUAUUUGACGAUGCCUACAGUAAGUGCUCCAAAAAGCCGUAUUGUUGGUGGCAAUCCAGCCUUACCUGGAGAAAUCCCUUGGCAGGUGGCGCUGGUGUCUCACUCAACACAGCAGGUGUUCUGUGGAGGCUCCAUUCUGAGCCCUUUAUGGGUCAUUACUGCAGCGCACUGUCUGGUAGGGAGCCAGAAUGGAUCCUUCUUCAUCAGAGUUGGGGAACAUGACGUCUCCAAGACUGAAGACACAGAACAGAAUCUGGACGUCACCCGUUUCUUCUCUCAUCCUCGUUAUGACUCCAAAUCAAGCCUCUACAAUCAUGACAUUGCUUUGUUGCGGCUGCGCACCCCCAUCCGGUUAACUCCAACAAUACGUCCCAUCUGCCUGGGACCCAUGCUCUUCUCCAACUCACUGCUGCAGUCUGGAUCUCUGGCCACCGUCAGCGGCUGGGGCCGUCUGCGCUUCCAAGGACGAAGUGCAGUGACUUUACAGAAGGUUGAAUUGCCUUAUGUGGACAGAACAGUGUGUAAGGAGAGCAGCAGUGACCAAAUCACACACUUGAUGUUCUGUGCGGGCUACUCGGAUUCUCCUAAAGACGCCUGUCAGGGGGACAGCGGAGGACCUCAUGCCAUGCGCUACCACAACACCUGGUUCCUCACAGGCAUUGUCAGUUGGGGAGAAGAAUGUGCCAAGAAAGGGAAGUAUGGUGUGUACACACAGGUUGGUAACUAUUAUCGUUGGAUACAGCAUGUGAUGGGUGUUACUAAAGGAGUACUGCUUAAAAAUGUGGACCAAUGAUCUUGAGUCUCAUUUAAAAAUGUCAUCUCAGACAUGGUGAAAGCAACGCUCAAACCUUGAGAGAAGGUUUUGAUUAAUAUUUAAGUUGAUGUUUGCCUAAUCAAGUCAAAUAAAAAAAAAAAAAAUUACAUUGUUCCUAAUCCAUUGAUCCCAUUGUAAUAGAUUGUAAUCAUGCUCCGCCCCUCAAAACCUGGCUGGCUAAUGAGAUUUCAUCAUUAAAGCCUGUGCAGCAUUUCAUCAA